AUGGAUUCCCUUUUCGCAAGAAGAGGUGAGCAGUGGAGUGCAGUUUUAGAAUCGGGACAACUGUUUAGCGAAAGUUGCAUGAAAUUUAUGAAAGAACAAUCUGCCAAAGCCAACAACCAUCAUGUUAUAUCUUUCGAACAAUUCAACCGCACAUUUAGUGUCAAAGAGAUAAUUGACCAUAAUGAGGGCCUGCCGAGACAAGAGUACAGGGUUCUGCUAGAAGAAGGGUGGUGCGAUUGCGCUAAGUUUCAAGUGUUUCGUAUGUCUUGCUCCCAUGUUAUAGCAGCAUGUUCAUAUGCGCACCAAGAUGUCUUAACACUCUUAUCUCCCAUUUAUAAGAUCGACACCUUGCUCGGAGUAUACAACAAUGCAUUUCCAGUGAUGGCAAAGGAGGAUUACUGGCCUGCGUAUGAGGGACAAGUAGUUUGGCAUAAUGAUAUGAUGUGA